GGGAUUGGCGUCUGUGCGUCACCACGCUGGGCCGAGGGACACCGUCCAAUCGAAACAGGCGGCGCCCGCGUGACCCUGCUGCACCAAGGGGGCAACAAGCCGGACGUCCCUGAUCUCCGGCCAGCGGUCGCUCACGUCACUGCUCGGUGGCGUCGCUCGCGCAGCUGAGGGUCCAGAAGGCGCGACCGAAGAACGCCCUAUCCCCGCCCCCAGCGUCUCUCGCAGGAACCCUGCCCCGCGCAUGCGUGUCUAUCGCCGCGUCGAGUCUGUUCUCCAUAGCCUGUUACCGGUCUGUUUCGGGCGCGCGCCGUCGUGACGUGAAGUCCCGUGUCCGUCCCGGGCCCCGCUCCGUCAUGCAAUGUCCGCGCUGAACUGGAAACCCUUCGUGUACGGCGGGCUGGCCUCCUUGGUGGCCGAGUUCGGGACCUUUCCUGUGGACCUCACCAAAACGCGCCUCCAAGUGCAAGGUCAAAGCAUUGAUGCUCGCUUCCGAGAGAUCAAGUAUCGGGGCAUGUUCCAUGCCUUGUUCCGCAUCUAUAAGGAGGAGGGGAUUCUGGCUCUCUAUUCUGGGAUUGCUCCUGCAUUGCUGAGACAGGCAUCUUAUGGCACCAUAAAGAUUGGCAUUUACCAGAGCCUGAAGCGGCUGUUUGUAGAUCGCUUAGAAGAUGAGACACUGCUAAUCAACAUGAUCUGUGGGGUGGUUUCAGGGGUGAUCUCGUCUACGCUGGCCAACCCGACAGAUGUGCUGAAGAUUCGAAUGCAGGCACAAGGCAGCUUAUUCCAGGGGGGCAUGAUUGGCAGCUUCAUCGAUAUCUACCAGCAGGAAGGCACACGGGGGCUCUGGAGGCUCACCUCUUGAAGAGUGACUCAGCCUGGGUAUCUCUGAGUGGGUUUUGAGCACACCGUGAGGUUAGUAGAGAGGAGUCUGCAGAGCUCAGCAGAAUAGCUCGUAGCCUCCUCAUAGAAUCCUGAGGCUGAGCAUGCCAUCAGGAGGAGGAAUUCUCAAUGUCAGCAAGUGUUUCCCUUGAAUGUCCUCACCAGAACACUUCAAUAUAAAGACACAAAUUGUUUUAAGUCAAGAAAAUCCACAAUUAAUGUUCUACACCAGCUUCAGCUUUGCCUCGUGUCCAGCCUGAGACCCCCUAUCCCUUGUUACCUGAAAUCUGUCCUAUGUGUAUGAAUGACAGCAGGAUGGCAGCUUCCUGGGGACUGCUGGAAGGGCAGAUUGUGAAGAAAGGAUCCUGAGCUUAAAGGUGUUAGAUUCUUUAGAGCCCACUUGUUACUGUUAGUGCGUUGAGGAGUUAGCCGCACUGCUUGGGGUUUGUGAUAAGAUACUUGGGCCUGCUUUUACUAUAGUGAACUCACCAUAGAAAUCUUUAGUGACCUCACCAUAGAAAUCCUUCCAUGAACUUCAACCAGCAAACCCAAACUGGAGAGAGCUCCAGUACUGGGAUUCCCAAGUCAGAUGGCUUUCGCAAAUGGAGCAGUGCCCUUUAUCUCUUCCUUU